GAGCCACCCAGAACUCAAUAAAACGUUACUUUCGUUACUUUCUCGCAGUCUCUUUUUCCUCCCCGUUCACUCGCCGUUCGUUCGCUCGCUCGUUUAUUUUUUCGCCGCGCGAUAAAACUUCUCGUCGCGUGUUUUUCUCCCUCCCUUUGGCUCUCGGCCGAUACGCAAGAGAAGUACUCGUGCCCGCGGCGACUUCGAGGAACACCGCAGUCGGAAAAAGUCGGACUCGCCUUCCUUUCCAACCGUUCGAUUUUAACGACGCUUUUUAGCUACCACGCCAAAUAACGGAGUCAUCCUUACUUAACUAGUCGAGUUAGCGAGGACGUUUUUUUCCUCGACUUGCAACGAAUCGUUAUACGCGUAUACAAUAUAGUACGGAUACGUACAUCGUAGACGCUUCGUAGUCCGCCCUCGGACGUAAAAUCGACGGAAAGAAAUAGUACGCGAUAAAGAAAUAGUACAAAUGGAACGUGGUAACUGGGAGAGUCGGUAAGAAGGUCGAUGGUAGGUCGAAGAGAUCAUUAUUUUCGAGUCGGUUGCGAGUAAGACGAGGCGACUAACGAUGAUAAUGGCGUCUGUUUUUCGCGAGUUCUCUCUAGGUGGACGGCGACUGCCGGUGGAGCCUAUGAUCGACUAUAAAGGCCAUCUGUUCGCUUUUAGAGUCGCCUUUAUACCGUGUGGUGACGUCACACGCGCAGGAGAUAAACCGAGGAUGGACGCCCACUCGGGCAUCUCGUCGUGCCACCUUAUUCCAUCCUCUCUCUUUCUCUCGGCCGGCCGCUCGUACACGCACCUUGUUUUCUACGCAUCGAACGAGGCGCAUUGACGGACGACCGUGUUAUAUACGACGCGACUUUAACGACGCUUCGUUUAAUCGCCACGAUUUCGAGUAAAGUUCUUCGCGCUGGAAAUGCUUUUGGCAUGAUUAUUGCGACGAUCUCGGCCGGAGACCGUCGUCGUUCGUAAAUCAUCCGACUCGCUUUGCGAUAUUUUUUAUACCACGGGCGAUAAUCGUUGCCAAAGAUUCCACGUUGCCCCUCGUACGAUGCAAAUGAUACGAAAAUACGGGAUCGAUCGCGUCGAUCCGAUAAGAUCGAUAGGAGAAUAUCCGAGGAGAGACGGAUGACUGCUCGAAAGCGCCUCGCAGCGUGAAAGGAUGGAACGAUCUCGGAGUUCUAGAUUGGCUACGUGCCAGGCGUCCCGACGCUUACCGAGAGGGUGGACCGAGUCCGACCGAAGACGGCGUCCCGGCGUCGAGCGUCCGUCAGUGCGCGUGUGACAUGGCUGCGAGGCGCUACGGCGACCUAGACGCCCUCCACCUCGCGAUGUGAACGCACCCGCAACCGUUAUUCGAACGAUUGGCAAUAACUGUCUUGCGAGCCCUUUGCGUCCUCCCACGUUUCUCUCUCUCUCUCUCUCUCUCUCUCUCUCUCUCUCUCUCUCUCGCCCUCUCUCUCGCUCUCUCCGUCCGUCUGUCUUCCCGUCUACUUCUCUCACAAGCUUACUCUCUCCCUCAUUUCACCUAUCCAUUACAUCUCUCUCAAUCGCUCUCUUUCGAACCUAUAUCCGAAAAAGACCGAUCGUCGUUACGACAACGAUCGACGACGACCACGCGAGCCACGGAUGCUUCCUCUCUCGAGAGGAUAGGACGAGAACUCACUGGCCGUUAUUCGCGUGAGAUUCACGAACGAAACGUCCUCGACGGUGAAACAAGAUCCCAACCUUUUCUACUGUAAAAGAAGAAGAAGAAGAAGAAGAGGAGGAGGCGGAGGAGGCGGUAGAGAAAGGAGAAGAAGAAGAAGCGAAAGAAGAAGAAAAAGAUUAGCCGCGAAGAACGAGAGACGCUUUCCUAAGGGGUAGUAGUUUGCGACGUGACGUAAUCGCGGACAGCGUUCUUCGCGAACUCGCUCUACUACUUAUGAUUUCUUCGAUCGAAAAGUGUUCAGAGACUCUUUGAGUUAUGGCGUUGGCAACGAGGAUACCGAACGAUUCAUGAAUCCAUGUACGGAGCGUUCGAGAGGAAGAGAUACGAAACUUGUUCCCGAUCGUUUUUUCGAGACGUCACGCGUUUAUCCUUUCCAAGAGAUCGAGCGAGGAUUCGCCGAAAGAAAAUGUAACGGACGAUGCGAGGGCGAUCUCUGCGAAGCAGGAUGGCGAAUUGAAGCGGUCAGAGGCUCGAUUUUCCUUUAAUCCCGGAGCUCCGAACGAAUCACGACGUUAUCAUUCCCAGAGCAAGAGAAGACUGCAUUCCCUAAUCGAACGACACGUUGAGAAAAACAAAAAGAAAAGAAGAAAAAAAGAAAAUGAGAGAGACAGGGCCGUGAAAAGGAUGAACUCUUUGUAAAUACGCGCUCGCGGAUCGAGGACCAUUAGUAUAUUCUAUUUAUUUUUAAGGAUCAUUCUCGCGAUACUUUUCCAAGCGACCCGAGCCUCUCUUUCUCGUUUCCUUGAAUUUUCCUCGACGGAACAGUGCGCGUUCGUUAUCCGUGUCGAGGCCGUGCGUAAAAGAUGACAAUUCGAGCGCGUUUCUUUUCAAUGUGACUUCGUCUAAGAACGAAAGUGUCGCGCUUUCGAAUACUUUUGAACGCAAUACCGUCGAUCGUCUCGACAGGUAUAACUUUGAGGGGAAACCAAUGUGUCUUUUGGCGAGACCAGUCGCGAUUCUCCCAGGAGGAGAGGAAGAAAUUCGUUCUCGAAUCGAUCGCGCGUAAGAGAAAGAGUGGCCGUGCAUCGAGAGGAAUAGGAGGAGGAGCGGAGGAGGGGGAGGAGGAGGAGGAGAAGGAGGAGUGUUAUUGCACGAGCGAAUCGAAGCCGAGUGCGAGCCACGUGCGUGCAGCGGGUGUGCGUGUGUGCUGAAAGUGUGGUGCGCUCGCGCGCGAAGUGCAGAAAACGACGAUGGAAUAUCGGUGAGGUCACGAGGUCACCGCAGAAUGCCUGAGCCGAGGGCGAAGCGCUGUAAACACUGUGACGAGUCUGGCCACAGGUUGGACAGCGGCUCCCCGUUUUGGAGGAUACAGCUCGAUCAGGACCUUUUGGAUACCAUAAGCGCGAUCUAUCCGGAGUGGUUUAAGGACUAUACCAACGGCCGUGCCUCUACGUCCUCGUCGACCAGCACUUCCGGCCCUCGGUCGAGCAACGGGAGCAACGUGGCGGCGGACUCCAGCGGCGUCCUCGAGCACAAGGUCGCCAAGGGCGAUUCCAAAUUGAAAGCAAAGUCCAAAAGGGCUGACAAUUUCAAGGAGAAGGAUCGAGAGAGGAAGGACGCUAGGCGCGACAACAGGGACGAAAGAGACGCUGGGAACGGUAAGAAAAGCACGACGAAGGCUUCGCCGCAGCAGGAUAAAACGACGGCGGACGUGGCAGGAAGGAAGACGGCGGGUGUUCCAGUAUCGGGAGCAGAGAUGGCCGAAGGCAAUCAGUCGCCGCCGAAGGCGGAGGUCGACGACUCGCCCCUUCAGCAUGCCAUGGAUCGCAACAAGGAGUCGUUGAAGGUGAAGCUCAUGCUGAGGCGGCCGAUAAAUCAACUGGUUGCCCAGGGCAUUAUGCCGUCGCUGAAAACUCCGCCGGCGUUUCACGAGCAGCGGAAGCAACUCGAGCGAGCGAAAACCGGCGAUCUGUUGAAGGCAAAGAUCCAACAGAGACCCGGUAGGGAAGAGCUCGUGAGACAGCAUAUACUCGAGGAUGUGGGUCACGUGGAUCCGAGCCUAGCCGAGAGGCAACGGAUGCUGAAGAAGGCCAGACUCGCCGAUCAAUUGAACGAUCAGCUCAGUCAUCGGCCCGGUCCGCUCGAACUUAUUCAAAAGAACAUACUCCAUACGGAGGAGCCCAUCGAGAGGGCGGUGAAGGAGGGACACAUUCCCUUCAAGGCGACGUGCGAGGGACAGGUGACGAAACCUCAGCAUCCGGAUCACUACAUAACGUUCGAGGAUGACUCCCAAAGUUCGGAAGGUGCUCCGUCGCCGCAGUUGGAGUCGCGUUCGGACGUUCUCGAGACGGCAGCGGCCUCCGCGGGAAUCGUCACGGUCUCCCUCAGCAUCCCCACGACCGGCGGCGCGGUCGUCGUCUCGUCGACGUCGCCCGUUUUCCAGCAAGCGUCCGGAACGGAACCGACGAUACAGACCUUCGCCGAGCUAUGCAACACGGUCGUUGGCUCGCAACACCAGGCGCAACAGGCUCAACAACACCCGUCCGCUCAGGCGAAUCAAACGAACGGGGCAUCGGGCACGCUGCUCCCACUGGCGCCGGCGUCGAGUCCCAUGUCCUUGGGAUCGACGACCUCGAGCCUCAGUCCCCUGUCGAAUAUCUCGAUAGCCUCGCCACCGGCUCCACCGCCGGCAGCCAUCACUCCUAGACCACAGCCAAGUCCGAUCGCGUCCUCGGCGUGUCAGAGAAACGAUGCGCCGGGCAAGGACAAGAACAGGAAAAAGUCCAAGACCAAGAGCCAGCCUAAGACGCGUACGAUCAAGUUUCACGAGUACAAAGGUCCGCCAAACGCACAAAAGACGUCGGUUUCGUCUACGCCCCCCGGUCUCGGCUCGGCGCCACCCGGCGAGACGAGCUACGAGCUGCUCCUGCAGCAACAACAGCUAUUCCUUCAGUGGCAGCUCGAAUGGCAGCACAAGUAUCCUCAGAUUAUAUUGCCAGCCGCGCAAAAGCCGCUGUCUCUUACCAGCAGCGGUGCCAGCGAUGCCGGAAGCGUUAGCGGGAGCAGCGCGAACGCUCCGAGUCCCGCGCCCUCGAAUUCCUCGAACAAUCCGUCCGAGCAACCACCGCUCAGGCCCUUGGGCAAGUUGGAAGAUAUGAAAGUGAGCGAUCUCAAAGUCGAGUUGAAACGACGCAAUCUGCCGGUGUCGGGUUCGAAGCCCCAGUUGAUCGAGCGGCUAAAGCCGUUCACGGAAUCCUCCAGCGGGAACUCGACUUCGAGCUCUAACGGACCUCACGUCACGCACAUGGGCCAUAUACUGAUGGACACGCCCGGUCCUAUGACGUCCGACGAAUCUAGUUCGCAAGCGAAGAGCCCUAGCUCGAUCGUCAAGGACGAACCAAAUAGCCCGCGGACGGAUUCGCCUCACGGCAGCGAGCACGACGAUCCGUCGAGCCCACCAGUUCGUGUUUCAGGAGACGAUAUCAUCAAAGAGCAAAGAAAACGGAUAGAAGAGUUGCAGCGGGAGUUGUAUAAAUCCCAACAACAACUUCAACAAAUUCGACAAACUCAGCCCGCGACUGUCCGCGCCGAGAAACUGGUGUUGCAGCAGCAUAUACAAAGCAAGAUGCAACAGCAGCAAUUAGCUUUACAUCUGCAACAGUUGCAACACUUGCAGCAGCAGCAGCAGCAGCAGCAGCAGCAACAGCAGCAGCAGCAACAGCAACAACAGCAACAACAACAGCAGAAUCAUCAACAGUCCCAGCAGCAAAUGCAGCAACAGCACGCGACGUUCCAGCAUCUCAAUGCGAAAGCCAGUUUGGCUGCUUUUCUACAGACCCAGCCGAACAACGCGACUGCCAUUCUGGAUUCCGCAGCGCUCACGGCGAUUAACAAUAAGAAAAAUCAAGCUAAGAAUAGUACCACCGUUCAAAUACCUACCGCGAUAGUUUUGAACCUAGCCAAACCGGCCAAACUGAACGGAUCGUUGCUCGGUGCUCUAGUCGCGCAAGCCCAAGCUCAACAACAACAACAACAACAACAGCAGCAGCAGCAGCAACAGCAAGCGAGCAGCACGGAGGAUGGUAAACCACCGCCGCCUCAAUACGACGAGGCAGCCAAAUUAUUGAAGGUCAAGAUAGAACCGGUUCAAAAGAGUCAUAUUAAGAGUCAAGUCGUCGACGACGUGUUGGAAAUUCUUAUUAAAAACGGAGAACUUCCACCGAGCGCGGCUCAGGAUCCGGCUACGCCUACCACUCCGAAUCGUCAGCUCCAACAGAAUUUGGUGUUUACCGCGCCAGCGGACAGUCCGACUCAAUCUUUAGUAUUCGCGGCCGCUAGUCCUAUCAGUCCGAUCAGCCCGAUGGCCAUGGAGGUCUCUCAAAGCGGUUGUCCUAGUCCGUCGACGUCGACAUCGGCAUCGACAUCGGUAUCGGCGUCUGCCUCGGCUGCGGCAUCGGCAUCGGCACCGCCACCGCCUCCACCGUUACCAUUGGCAACCUUUUCCAUUCAAUUACCUACUUCGUUACAGCAAUUGCAACAACAAGAAGACAUCUCUUCCUUCGGAACGCACCUGUUGAAUUCGGAUAACGAUUUGGACGCAGCUAUGCUACUGAGUCCUCAAUCGGUGCAGGAGGCCUCGCCGGAUCCGCAACCACCGCAAGAGGUCACAUCAUCGGACAACGCAAACUUGGAUCUUAAAGAAUUGGGACUGGAUCUGGAGACAUUGGGUACGAUGGACUUUGGUCAACUCGACUGUGGCCUAGGAGUUAAAAUGGAAUCUUCCAGCGAACUUAUGGAUAUAGCGGACAUGCCGAUGGACAUGGACGAUCCCGACUGGUUGGAUUCCUUGAUGCCUCAGUCGCCGCCCUCUUCUACGCCCAUGUCGAUUCAACAAUCGGUUCCACACGUUACAUCCUUAUCCUCGGCAACGGAUAUUUACGAUCCGCUGCUGGCAAGUAGUCAAGAUCCCUUCGAUCUCUUUAACAUGGAAGAUUCGGACUUUAAGAUGUCCUCCGAACUCUCUCUAACGUGGGACAAGGUAGACUUUGCGACCUAGCCGAGAUUCAUUCUCGAAACUCAACUUUGUGUACUUAAACGUUAACGAACAAGAAGCACGGACUACUAAUCUUGGCACCACGUACAUCGCGUCUGGACACGAGUGUAAUGCGCAUAUAUAUAUACAUGCAUAUAUAUAUACACACAUAUAUAUAUAUACAUACACAUAUAUAUAUAUAUAUACACACACAUAUAUACAUAUAUAUACUUGUCGUGCAAAAAUUGUACCGAGUGUAGGUGUCAUCACGAUAUUCGUUUCGAACGAAUCGUGGCCGAACAACGAGCCUGACUUUGUCGAUAAGCUCGAAUGCUUCGCGCCGAAGAACUUGUAUCUGAUCGUAACGAAAAGUGAACGAUUCCAAGUGAAUUGCUCCUGAAUCGAAAGUCGAGAGAAGCAUAUCUUAGGUGGACGAUCGAGGGUGAAGAGGAUCUUUUCUUAUAGCAUGUGCACUCCUCCUCGGUCUUCCUUCGUCGCUAAAAAGAAACUUACAGAAAAAACAAAAAAAAAAGAAAAUACAAAAAAAAUAUGUCAACGCACAUAAUCGUUGUGCUUUCAGACGAUAUCACGAGUCCUAUCGCGAUAAAGAUAACUGGAAUGAACCUCCUUACCCAGUUGGUUUCUCUAUCUAACCGGACGCGGUAUUUCACGAUUUCAAAACGAUAUCGGCUCUAGAUACGAGCGGAAGCAAAGACAACGAGACGAAUGUUUUCAAAAUUCUCCAAAGAGUCUUCUUACGACGUUUUUAGAUAUGUAGUUCGUACUCUAUCCAGUCUACGGUCGUGUGUUGCUUGAGUUUUAAUAAUCGCAAAUUAGCGUGUGUGCAAAAAAAAAUGCAGAAGAAACGGGAAGUACUACCUAUACGUCCUUCUCGUUUGUACUCUUUCCCUAUCCUUCUCCCUCAAAAAAAAAACUGUAAUCAAUCGUAACAAAACUGCAUAAUUACAACAUUUACGAGAAUUUAAUAUAAUUAAAUGAAUAAUUGUAAAGGUAUACAUACGUUAGAUAGAUACUUAUAUAUGUAAAUUAUAAUACCUUAUAGAUAUAUAUACAUAUAUACAUAUAUAUAUGUGUAUAUAUAUAUAUAUAACACGCGCGCCUCUGUCCGAGAGUCGAACGUGUUUUUCGAGACGCUCGAAUCGAUCGACUUUUGGCAGCGCAGUUGCGAUAUUUUCUAAGCCAGAGCAUGUGAUGUUAGAAGGUACACAUACUUUAAUCUAUAAUAUUAUAUGUGGAAAGUACGAAUUGCUUUGUAGUAGCAACGGGCAUGGUCUCGUUACCGAGGUCGCGGCUUGGCGCGAUUCCUUCAGCUUUCUUUCCCAGAUGAUGUUUUCUCUCGCUUUUUCUUUUUCUUUUUCACUUUUUUUCUCUUUGAUUUGUUGUUGUUUUAUGACAUUCCAUGUUUCUAAACUCAUGACAAACUAGAAUGAGAUUUCGAACCCAAAGCUGCCGGCCUCUCGUACCAGCUCGAGUCUUGGGCUCGUUCUGGGAACUUCGGUUGGCUCAGGAAAAUCAAUGGUGUUUUCAUAAAAAUCAAAAACGUCUUUAUGGAAAUAGGAUAAGGUCCGAGAAUAGGUGCAGCGGGUUGUUCAGCCAGAGGUUCAUUAGUCGCAUCGAUGAUGUUUUCUGAUUCCAAAUACAUACCGUAUGAUCUCUGCUUGUGCUAUUAAUCUCGUUUACUAUCUCAUUCAAUUUCUUAAUCCCGCUUUGCUUUCUCGCGUCGUUUCAAUUUAUCACAAUAGUUAUGGAAAUUAGAUGCAUCUCCUCAUUGUAUAAAAAUAAUAAACAAUUAUUAUUCCAAUCACGAGUCCUAAGAGUAUCCUCUUUACGAGAGGGUAAAGUAAAUUGCUUGCAGUUUAUGAUUCUAUCAUUUCGACGAGGACAAUCAAGACCGCAUUCCAAGCACUUAGAUUUAGAGAGUCCGACAUCUUUCUUGCUUAUCACGAUAGGAGGUACUUGAUAAGACCAUAUAGCGUACGUCAAAUAGAAAAUAAUCUUUGGCUGACAUUAUACGUAGUUUCGUCGAUAGUAACGUCGUUGUCGAUGCAGUUAUUUUCACGAUAUACAAACAAGUUAGGUCAUUUUUUUACCGAAUACAUCGAAUAACUCUCAAUUGUUUUUGCUCAAGCGUACUGCUACCGGCCUCGCCGAGACAAGUGUAGCUUCCUGGCGACGACGUAAAGAUACAACGGGAUCGCGCCGCUCGCCUCGGUAAUGCGGAGAGGAAAAUGAGGAUGCUGAGAGGAAGAGAGAGAAAGAGAGAACGAGAGUGAGAGAGAGAGCGCGCGUGGGUGCUAUGCAUGUGUAUGGAUUUUUGCAGAAGAAAAAUAUGUAAUACGAGAAAAACGCGUGGAUGAGUCGAUACGCGUGAGUGUGUACGUUGGGAAAAGAAUGUGCGAAUCUUAUCAAAGUAUAAUAAAUCAACGGUGCUAAUAGUUAUUGGAAACCCCAAAUUUUACAUCGAUCGGAUAAUAAAUCGGAAAUCACUGUUUUAAAUCUUUCUUUCCUUAUACUCUCGAUUCGAGAAAUUAUCUAUGUCUAUACAUAUACAUGAUGUAUACGUAUAUACGUAUACAUAAAUAUACGCUGAAAAUGAGCGAGAGAAGGGAAAGAAAGAGUAAUGGUCCAUACGCAAAUUCGAAAGAAAAGGAAGAGCGAAUGACGAAAAGUAUUUGCUAAGAAAAAUGCGUCUUGGCGUAACGUCGUUGGCACUGAUAUUUACCAUCGUGUAACGGAGAGCAGCUAAAGUGCAACAUUCCAAUGAUUCGCUCCAAUCAGAGAUCCUCGAACCAUCGCCAUGUUCCGUGUUAUCUGCGUUGAUAUGAAAAAAAAAAAAGAAAAAAUGAAAGAAAAAAGUCCAAAAGAAAAGAAAGAAGAAUAAAAGUGCAUAGAAGCUUUCUUAUCAUUUUCUUUUCGAAUCGCGCGAACUUGAGAUCGAUGAAACGGUGAUUAAGCCGUUAAAGUAUAACAUAAUCAAUGCAUUUAACGAAUAAUCGUCAAACUGAUUUCAUUCGGUUAAUCUUUCUAUUCGUUCGUAGCGGACGUUACCGACAACAACGGCAUAGAAGAAGUUUACAUUUCUUUGCAUUUAAAUUUACCGCACGAUCGAAUUCUUCUUUUCUUGCGAGGAAAACGGAACAUGGUAUUGGCGAAUAGCGUAAAGUUGAAUGUGCCAAAUUUCCCUUGCCAUCGCGUAUAUAUGUAUUUACUUACGUGUAACGAUCAUUGCAAUCGUCAUAAUCAUCUCGUCACUACCGUCGCGUAACAUCAUCGUUCGUUACUUCGACGGAUCUAUCCGAACGAGCGAGAACGAUUCUUUUCGUAUCGACAUGGAAAGUAAAGCGAAGAAGCAACGAACGACGAUCUCGAUAAAUACGCGCCGAGCAUUGCUUUCUUUUUUCCCUUUCUCGAUGCGUCGAUGCUAAUUCUGUAUAAAUAAUUAAUUCAUUUCAAUUUCGAAUCGUUAAUCAUGAAUCUAUCCGAUGAUUGAUUGAUUUUGUCAGGCUGUGCGAAUCUGGUAGUCCGCAUUAAAGCGUACGUGAAUCUCUUUGUAAUUACGUGUCGUAUGUAAGACAAAAGAGAGAAUAAAGUGUGAGCGAAAAAAUAUAAAUGUAUGAACGAUCGUGUACAGAAAUUUGCUUGGUUAGAGAUAAGUAAAAUGAGAGAUUGCGCGAGCGAGAACGUGAUGCGAUACGCACGCGCGCGUGCACGACGCGCGUGCGUGCGUGCGUGUGUGUGUGUAUAGGUGGGUGUGUAUGCAACAGAGAGAGAGAGAAAGCAAGGUAAAAAGAGAAAGACCGAAAGAGAGAUCGAACGAGUAAACGAGAGGAUGCUGCAUGAAUGAUGAAUCUUGCUAUCGCAUUGAAAACGGAAUACAAUCGAGCGAAAACAUAUUUUCUAUGCGCAUACGAAAGAAAGAUACGGAUUUUGUUAUGUAUCUUUGAAUUUAUUACAAUAACGUACUUUUAAGUAACCGAUCACGUAAUUAUUGCUAGAGAGAGUGUUAUUUAUUUUUAUUUGUUGCAAAUUUGUCGAUUGCCUUCCAUUUGAGUAAAUAAAUAAAUAUAAAAUUA